ACUACGAGCUAGCUCUCUCUCUAUCUCUCCCUCUCUCUAUAUCUCUUCCCUUCUCGUGUGUCUGUAAACAUGGGAGCUCUAAAUUUUCUCUCUGGCUAUUUCUCUGAUCAUUUCUACGUCUCAAUAAGAAAACGGAAGAAGCGUAAAGUCAUGCAGACGGUGAAUAUAAAGGUAAAGAUAGACUGUGACGGAUGCGAACGCAAAAUCAAGAACGCAGUUUCUUCCAUGAAAGGAGCAAAAUCUGUGGAAGUGAAUAGAAAGAUGCAUAAAGUGACGGUGAGUGGUUACGUGGAUCCUAAGAAAGUGUUAAAGAAAGUGCAGAGCACUGGGAAAAAGAAAGCUGAGCUAUGGCCGUAUGUUCCAUAUACUAUGGUGGCUUAUCCGUACGCAGCUGGAGCUUACGACAAAAGGGCCCCACCGGGUUUUGUGAGGAAGUCGGAGCAGGCUCAGGCGCAGCCAGGAGGUACAGACGAUAAGCUCAUGUCCCUUUUCAGCGACGAGAACCCUAACGCCUGCACCAUCAUGUGAAUAAUUUUAGCUCGUGACGUUAUAGGGUAACGUCUUAUAAAGUUGAUGUUGGAACCUUUCUUGUUAGUGUAUUGAAUCAGAAGCAAAGAAACUUAUAGUACCAAUAGCAUGUAAUAGAUAUGUAUCAGUUUCAUACUAUGCGUUUACUUGCAAGUAGUGGUUUAUUUACUUGUAUUUUAAUGAAUAAUUUAGCUUGUUUACA